AUGGGAGAAGACGAGGACACCGUCAUGGGGGAGGUCCACAAGCCGGUCCCUUCUUUACCCUCCUCAACUCUCACCCAUCCUCCUCCCUCUGAACAUCCCCAUCAGGGUGACAGUGCCCCUAGUUUAGCACCUUCUGUCCUUCCCUCUGCUCACAAAUCACCUUCCCCUGGCUCUGAUCCCUUUCCACCCCAAUCUACCCUCCUGACGGGGAUGCCUCCCCCACCUGAUCGCCUCAAGAUGAGCGACUCGGAGAGCAAUUCCCUGGACAACCUCGUCAAGCGUGAUAGUUUGGUUGAAACGAACUCAGACUGGUCUGACGAGGAGGUCGUGGCCAGGGCUGGUCUCCCAGUUGGUUCGCUUCCUACCGGUCUGUGUUAUGAUGUGCGUAUGCGGUACCAUUGUGAAGUCCGACCCACGUCUGAGGUACACCCCGAGGACCCGAGACGGAUUUACUACAUCUACAAAGAGCUAUGUCGUGCUGGGUUGGUGGAUGAUCCUGAGUCCGUACACCCGCUGGCUCCGCAGACACUGAAGCGUAUCAACGCUCGCAACGCCACGAAAGAGGAGAUCACCUUGAUCCAUUCCGAGGCUCAUUUUGCAUUUGUCCGAAGCACCCAGGACAUGGCCGAUGAUGACUUGGUGUAUCUGGAGACAACGCGGGACUCGAUUUACUUCAACCGGCUCACUUUUGCAUCCGCUCUUCUGUCGACUGGAGGUGCCAUCGAGACUUGCUUAGCCGUUGCUAGACGACAGGUCAAAAACGCUAUUGCGGUUAUUCGUCCACCUGGUCACCAUGCUGAACAUGAUACGGCCAUGGGAUUUUGCUUGUUCAACAACGUGCCUGUUGCUGCACGUGUCUGCCAGAAUACACUUGGCGAUCAGUGUCGGAAAAUUAUGAUUCUUGACUGGGAUGUCCAUCAUGGAAACGGAGUGCAGAAGGCUUUCUACAAUGAUCCCAAUGUUCUCUACAUCUCGAUUCACGUUCACCAGAAUGGCAAGUUCUAUCCUGGUGGCGAUGAAGGCGAUUGGGAUCACUGCGGCGAGGGACUCGGACUGGGAAAGAAUGUCAACAUCCCUUGGCCUGACCAGGGCAUGGGUGAUGGUGACUACAUGCACGCUUUCCAGAAAGUGGUGAUGCCCAUUGCCGUGGAGUUUGACCCAGAUCUGGUGAUCAUUUCCGCUGGAUUCGAUGCCGCCGCUGGCGAUGUGUUGGGUGGCUGCUUCGUUUCGCCCUCAUGCUAUGCUCAAAUGACUCACAUGCUCAUGACCCUUGCCAAUGGCAAGGUUGCAGUCUGUCUGGAGGGAGGUUACAACUUCCGUUCGAUUUCUAAAUCGGCACUGGCUGUCACCAAAACCCUAAUGGGAGAACCCCCAGACCGAUUGACCAAGACUGCGCCAACAAGGGAUGCGAUUGAGACCGUGGGUCGGGUCAUGAGCAUCCAAGCCCAGCAUUGGCGCUGCAUGUACCCCAGGCCACCCCAGCAUCCCAUGGGGGGAGAUCGGCUGCACGAUGUUCUUCGCGGAUACCAAGCUAAAAUACUGUAUGAAAGCUUCAAACUCACCCCGCUGUACAUCUAUCGCACGAAGAUCUCCAGGUCUUUUGAGAACCAAGUUCUGGCGAGCGCGAACUAUCAUGAGCGUGUGCCGCUAAUAGUCAUCUUCCAUGACCCUCCUGAGCUCAUGGGAUAUCCGGACCCCGUGACCAGCAAACUCGAAGCCCACAAUUGUUGGAUGGCCGAUGCUCAAAAGGAAUACAUUGGAUGGAUCAUCAGCAAGGGCUACGCUGUGAUUGACGUUAACAUUCCGAAACACAUCACCCAGACACCCGCCACAGUAAAAUAUGAAGACGAAGACGAAAAUCGUCCUACCGCAACCGAAGAGCUGGCAAACUAUUUGUGGGAUAACUACAUCGACUUCUUCGAGAAGCGGGAUGUGUUUUUCUUCGGCAUCGGCAGUGCUUUCGCCGGUGUUGUCAACCUUUUGAUAAACAGAGAAAACUUGUACAAGCGCGUCAACGGCAUCGUCUCAUUUGUGGCGGAGAACCCUGUCCGCGCCGUUGCGUCUUCCACUCAGGUCUGGCUGUCCAAAUGGUACCGAGAUAAUUCUCUCGUGUUCGUCUCCGGCUCACACGGGAUCUGGAAAGACCAAGAUCGCAAGCCGUCCAAGCGCUACGGCAGGCUGUACAAAUCCGAAAAAUCCACUCUGGGCGAGAUGAUGACCGAAAACCAGCAGCAAGUGUUUGAGUGGCUCGCGGAACGCGCGGAUGAAGCCCUCGACGAGACGGAGGAUGAGGUUGAUGAGGACUUGCCCAUGAAAGGAUGAACGAGCGAAAGGAGAAGAAGCUUCCUUAGAUUUAGGCCUACCGCACGCAUUUGGGGGCGGAGGCUCGGCGAAACUUGGCGCACGUCUGGCAUCAACUAUUCGAAUGGAUUCCCAAUUUUUACAGUCAUUUCGUUUCCUGAUCUUCGUUCCCAUAUUAACAGACGCUGCUUAGCGGAAGCGAGUACGAGACGGAAGAUUUGACCAGCGUAUUCUCUUUACCAAAUGGAGUGGUUUCAUGGCUAAUCAUUGAUUGUUUCCCAUAUCUUCGGUCCUGGACACCACUAUAGCCGUCGUAAAAUCCCAUGGUUCUCCAAUUUCCACCCGC